AUGUCCUCCCAAGGUGAAUCGGAGUUCUGGACGGAAGUUAAGAUGCUUUCUAAGUUGCGUCACUAUCAUCUCGUGUCUUUGUUUGGUUACAGUAAUUACGAAGAAGAGAUGAUCCUUAUCUACGAAUAUAUGCCGAAUGGAACCCUCAAAGACCACCUCCAUAAACUUGGAACCCCUCUUUCUUGGGAUCAGCGACUCAAUAUCUGUAUAGGUGCUGCUCGUGGGUUAGAUUACCUCCACACAUGUACCGGGAUCGAGUUUGGUGUUAUACAUCGUGAUGUCAAGAGUUCAAAUAUUCUGUUAGAUGAUAAUUGGGCAGCUAAAAUCUCAGACUUAGGGUUGUCCAAAAUAGGCGCAACCAAUAAGCCAUCUACUUACGUCAAGACACUUGUUAAAGGCACAUUUGGGUAUCUUGAUCCAAAUUAUUUCACAACUGGAAUGCUAACCAGGAAGUCUGAUCUGUUUUCUUUUGGGGUGGUUUUGUUGGAGGUUUUGUGUUGGAAACGUGCAGUGGAUGGAAGUCUUGAUGAGGAGCAAUGGGGUUUAGUGCCAUGGGCUCAAGAAUCUAUCAAAGAAGGCAAUUUAACGAAUAUAAUUGAUUCUGGUAUAAAGAGUCAAAUAACCCCAAAAUGUUUGAAGGACUCGCUUAUAUGCACUCGUAAAAAGAACAAGUCAUACACGGUUGUAUUAAAACCUUUAAUAUAUUCCUGGAUCAGGUACUUUGGUUUGACAAAAUUUCACCCUAAUAUCGAUGAGUUACAUGAGAUGAAAGAGGCUACGAGAAGUAACAUGGAGAUAUCGGGCGUUUUCUAG